AUGCUCCGCAGAGCCGCGCCGCCGUCGCUCGCCUUCUCGAGACGGCGGUCGCCGUCCACCCAAGCGCGCGAGCUCCAGCCAUGGCCACCUUCCCGCGCCACAUCGGCCGCGCCCGACCGAGGCGCUGACGCGCGAGCCACAGAGCAGAACCAGGCCUCGCAGCUCGCCCACACCGCGGCCGCCGCCGCCCGCAGGCUGUUCGACGGAACGCCCCGCCAGGCCGCGGUCUCAUGGAACGCCGUUGUCGCGGGCCACGCCAGGCCCGAGGGCGUCCUCAACGCGCUGGACGCUGCCGCUCGGAUGCACUGCGCCGGGUUGCCGCUCACGGAAGCCACGUUCGCGUCCGUGCUGGGCACCUGCGCCCGCGGGCGGCGGCUCAGCGCGGGGGCACAGGUUCACGGUCAAGUAAUCAAGUCUGGGCGCGAAAAUUUCCCCAUCGUAGGGGCUUCCCUCCUCGACUUCUACUCCUCGUGCUCCGACCUGCGCGCAUCUCGAGCGCUCUUCAAGACCCUGCACCUGAAGAACGAGCUGCUGUGGAGCCCGAUGGUAGUUGCCCUCGUGAGGUUUGGCCUGAUGGGCGAGGCCCUGAACUUGCUGGAGCGUAUGCCAGCGCCUCGUGAUGUGUUCGCGUGGACCGCUGUCAUAUCAGGCUUCACAAAGGGUCCGGCCAAGUGUUGCAUCAAGGCACUGGAGCUGUUUGUGAGGUUUCUGGCUGAUGAUGGUGUCAUGCCGAAUGAGUACACUUAUGACAGUGCUCUGAGGGCAUGUGUGAAGCUGCAAGAAUUAGAUUUUGGGCGAUCAGUUCAUGGAUGUCUGAUUCGAAGUGGGUUUCAGUCUGAGCAGUUAAUCACCAGUGCUCUUGUUGAUCUUUACUGCAGUUCUGAUGCCUUGGAUGAUGCACUGCUGGUUUACAAUGACUUGGAAAUGCCUUCCUUGAUUACAUCCAAUACACUGAUUGCAGGGCUUAUAUCAAUGGGAAGGACAGAGGAUGCUAAGAUAGUUUUCUCGCAGAUGCCAGAGCAUGACUCGGGAUCCUAUAAUCUGAUGAUUAAGGCAUAUGCUAUUGAUGGAAGGCUUGAGGACUGCAGGAGGUUGUUCGAGAAGAUGCCUCGGAGAAACAUGGUGUCCUUGAACUCUAUGAUGUCGGUAUUGCUCCAGAAUGGAAGGCUGGAGGAGGGGUUGAAGCUAUUUGAACAGAUAAAGGAUGAGAGAGACACAAUAACAUGGAAUUCUAUGAUUUCAGGUUACAUUCAGAAUGAUCACCCUUCAGAAGCUUUGAAGCUAUUUGUGGUCAUGUGCCGGUUGUCUAUUGGAUGGAGCCCUUCUACAUUCUCUGCUCUAAUGCAUGCCUGUGCAACUAUUGGAAUGCUUGAGCAAGGCAAAAUGGUACAUGCUCACCUCUGCAAGACUUCGUUUGACUCCAACAGUCAUGUUGGGACAGCUCUAACUGAUAUGUACUUCAAAUGUGGUUGUGUGAGUGAUGCACAGUCUGCAUUUGGUUACAUCACAUCACCUAAUGUUGCUUCAUGGACAUCUCUGAUCAAUGGUCUUGCACAAAAUGGUCACUGGUUGGAGGCUCUGGUACAAUUUGGUAGGAUGCUGAGGCAUCAUGUCAAUCCCAAUGAAAUCACUUUUCUAGGGCUUCUUAUUGCUAGUGCCCGUGCUGGUUUGGUUAACAAGGGGAUGAAAAUCUUCCACUCCAUGGAAAACUAUGGACUAGUUCCAACUGUGGAGCAUUAUACUUGUGCUGUCGAUCUUCUUGGUCGGACCAGAUGUACCAGAGAAGCAGAGAAGUUCAUCUGUGAGAUGCCUGUGCCAGCAGAUGGUGUAGUCUGGGGAGCCUUACUUACUGCCUGCUGGUAUUCGAUGGACCUGGAGAUGGGUGAGAAAGUUGCUCAGAGGUUGUUUUGCACGGGCACAAAACAUAGGUCUGCUUAUGUCACGAUGUCUAACAUAUAUGCUAAAUUGGGGAAAUGGGAAGAUGUUGUGAAGGUAAGAACAAGAUUGAGGAGUCUAAAUGCAAAAAAGGAACCAGGCUGCAGCUGGAUUGAGAUCAAGGAUAUAGUUCAUGUAUUCCUAGUGGAUGACCAGAAUCAUCCUGAGAGAGCAAAAAUCUUUUUAAUGCUAGAAGAUUUAGUAUCUCAUAUAUCAUUACAUUCUGAACCUGAUGAUAUGGUUAUCCAAAGCCUGAAUUGUUGA